AUGUCCAAAGCGGGCCCGUCGACCCCUUCCCUCCUGGGAGCAACCGCGCCGGACCUCGAGCCAACCGACGCCCCGGCCCCGGACUACAAAUACCAAGUCGAGAUCUCGCAAAUGAUGUUCGUGUUCGCAGACGUAGUCGACCCAACACCGGACGUCACCCGCCUGGUCGAGGACAUCGUGCGCUCGCAAACGAUCGAGAUGAUCAUCCAGUCGCGUCGGUUAUCGCAACGGCGGGGGUCCAAGUACCUCUCGCCCGAAGACCUCAUCUUUCUCAUCCGAUACGAUCGGGCCAAGGUCAAUCGACUGCGCACGUAUCUCAGCUGGAAAGACGUGCGCAAGAAUGCCAAGGACAGCGGCGACAGCGGGCAGGCGGGCGAGGUGGAGCUGGACGAGGUGGACGGUCCCAAAGUUCGAGCGACCAAGAUGCGUCUUCCGUGGGAGAUCCACUCCGUCUUCAGCGAACAUGUGCCAACAGAGGAAGACGACGAAGAGGACGAUCUCGAAGCUCACGAAGCCUCGAUGCAACGUCUCAAGGAUGCCGACGAAGCAACACGGCGCAUGACGAGGGAAGAGUACGUCCACUACUCCGAAUGCCGUCAAGCCAGCUUUACGUUCCGGAAGUCGAAAAAGUUCCGCGAGUUCAUCAACGCCAGCGCCUACCUAGAUGUCAAGCCGAAUGACGAUAUCGUGGAUAUUCUGGGGUUUCUGGCCUUCGAGGUGGUAAGGGAGCUGUGUUUGGGCGCGGUGGCGAUCAAGAGGUUGUUGGAGGAGCAGCGGGCGGCGCGGAUUCGGGCGGAUGCGGCGAAGCAGCAGCAGGCGGUGGCGGGGUCCAGCGGCAAGCGCAAGGCCGACGAGAGCGCCGAAGCAGAGGCAAGUGUCGAGAAGAAGCUCAAAAGCGAACCCUCCAGUUCGGAGACAGUCGAGGCAGCCGAGGCAGACAACAGCGGCUCCACCGCCGAUCGCACCCUCACCAUUAGCGAUAACGAUGACGCCACUUCGCCCACAGAAGCAGACCCAGCAAAAGCAGCACAGGACGACGAACUGUGUACGCUCUUCACUCAUCCACCCUCGACCGAGACGCCGCUGCUCGCAUCGCACAUCCAGGAGGCGUUUGCGAGGCUGCAGCGCAAACACCCACCAGCGCUCACCUCCGGCGUGCGAGGCUCCGCCGGCCCAGGCGGCCUCCGCAGAACCAGAGUCUUUGUCAUCUAG